AUGAAAUUGAUUGCCCUUCCCUUCUUAUAUUUUUACACAUUGACUGCUGCAUCAUCUGUCGCCGGUUGCAGUCAUGAUUCGUAUGAUUUGCAGCCUUUUACUAUUAGGCUGUCCGAUGGUGUACCUCGCAUGCUAGAGCGUAUACGAGAUACCGAGCUGCCAGGUACAAUCCCUCAAUAUCCAGGAAAUGAAGCUGGUAUCAGUCUAGAGACUCUGAAAGCCCUUAGAAACCAGUGGCUCGUCGACUUUGAUUGGCUCAAAGAAGAAGAAUCAAUGAACAGAUACAAUCAUUUUAUAGCCAAAAUAGAGAAUCUCGAUGUGCAUUUUAUACAUGAAAAGUCAAAUGAACCUGAUGCUAUCCCACUAAUUCUCUACCAUGGUUGGCCAGGGUCAUUUCUCGAAUUUAUUCCAGUCAUAAAGAGUCUCACACAAAAGGCAAAGACAGCUACUGGGAAACAUGUUUCAUUUGAUGUGAUUGUACCAUCACUACCAAGCUUCGCCUUUUCAUCUGCCCCAGGAGCUAAUUGGACUGUGGACGAUUCUGCUCGUGUCUUUAAUACUCCAAUGACAAAGGUCUUAGGAUAUAAGACUUACGCAGUUCAUGGUACAGAUUGGGGCUCAGGUGUGGCAUGGGGUCAGUUUGAUGGGUUCAAUACCUCAGCAAGAGCUGCACACUUCGCUAUAUUGCCUUUUCUACCCUUAACUCCGGAACAGCUGGAGGCUCAAAAUAUUACGCUAAACACAUCUCUUGACCAAUUCGAAGAACAGAGAUAUGUUAAUUGGUCAGCUACGGGGAGCGGGUACUUCAGUGAGGAAGGUUCAAAGCCUAAUGAUAUUGGCCUUGUGCUAUACGAUAAUCCUAUUGGGCAGCUUGUGUGGAUGGGCGAGAAGUAUAUUGAAUGGUCGGAUCCUAAGGCGGGCACCAGCCCAUCCGUGCUGACCCACAAUGAGAUUCUUCGCAGUAUAUCUCUUUAUUAUCUGACUAAAUCAAUUUUGACAUCCGGAUACAUCUACUUUCAGAAUCCUCUCGGCCAAACUGGAUUUCGAUACAAUUAUACGAGGGCACGAACAGAUGCUCCCAUGCUCUUCAGUGGCUUCAAAUACAAUGUCCAGUCUUGGCCGCGCGUACUAGCUGAAACCGUGGGCAAUUUGGUCUUUUAUUGA